AAGCUACGAAAAUGGAAAAUUAUACGCUUCAUCACUGCCCUAAAACUCUCGAUGGUGGAACAUUCACAAAAAAAUUGAAGCAGAAGAAGCCAGGACUUGUGAAAACCAAACCGUCGUCAUCCACGACCAUCUUCGCUGCUGACCUACACCCACAAAAUUUCCAUCAUUUGAUUUGAUUUGAUUUGAUUUAAAAAAAAAAGGCGACUUUGAUCGGAUCGGCAACAAUGGAGAAUAAGAAGAACGAUGCGCCGGUGAUGGGGAUCCCGUACAACCCAAACUAUCAUGUGGGUAACAACAACCCGUAUCAGGCCGGCAAGAUCCCCCCUAACGCCGUCGUUGGAGAUCCCAAAGGUGUUCCUCUUCAGCAGACCAUUUAUAGAGAUACUCCUGCUCCCAUUAACUGCGUUUUUUGCGGCACCUCCGGUCUCACCACCGUCAGAUCAAAAAUAAGCCUGGCUGCUUUCGUUGGUUGCAUGAUGCCAUUCAUGCUUGGAGUAUGCUUUCUUUGCCCUUCAAUGGAUUGCCUUUGGCACAAGUAUCACUUUUGUCCUCACUGUAACGAGAAGCUUGCUGAAUUUGAGAAGAAUGAUGCGUGCGCUGUGGUGGAUCCUCCUAGUUGGUGUCAACAGAGUUUUGCAUUGCCUGCAUAAUCAUGAAAUAUAAGCACGCUGCAACUCGCUAUGUUAUGUUUGGAUGAGCACUUUGAUCUUGUAUUGUGUUGUGUUGUAAGUUUUGAGUGAAUAAUGAUUAGAACUUGCAUAUUGUAUAGCUUGCUUGAGUUUAUUAUAUAAGUCAAUAAGUCAAGUGUGUUCUUUUUUUUUUU